AUGCUAUGGGAAGAAAUAACCCAAGCGGUAAAUGCGGUCGGAACAGCCAAGCGAACAGUCACGGCGGUAAAAGACAAGUGGAAAAAUCUCCAUAGCAUCGCCAAGAAAGAAUUUGCAGAAUUCAAGAGGGAGACCAAGAUAACUGGAGGUGGUCGGCGUCCAAAGUCGCCGAGUGUUGCCAGCAAAGAGAUUAUUGAGGUGCUUGAGGACACGCCGGCGUUCAGCGGUUUGAUUGGCUUUGAGACAGGUUUGUAAACAAUUCUCUAUUGUUUCUAGGUUACCAAAAAUUUUAAAAUUGUAGACAGUCAACCGGCCAUGUUGUUUCGGCGGGGUUUUCAGCUUAUCAAUCGCUUUCCGUCUUUGAGCAUACGAAAUGUUCGGACACAAGGGAGGAAAAGAUAAGUUUGCAUGUUUUUUUUUUCCAAUAUCCGUAACUGUAUUAAUCAAGUUUUACCUUGUUUAGUUUAUUAUCCCGUCACAUUUCAUGAUUGUACUUCACUAAGCGAAGGCUGCUACGGAGAACUCCAAACCGGUUUGCUGCUUUUGCGUCAUUUUUAGGGUUGCAUUCGAUUAAACCCUGUUUAAGCUGAAUAUAGACGAACGCUCAUGAAGGACUGUCAGUAAUUUAGCAGACAUAUAUAUAAAUUUCAGCUUCACUUGAUUAAUUCACAUGUCGAAGAUUGCAUAGCUCCGUCAUUUUGGAAAGCGAUCUGAGGAGUGAGACAAAAACCUUUGAUUUCGAAGAAUGUCUUGGAUGCGGUUUAUAAUUUGGUUAAAAUUCGUUUUGCCAAAGACAAAGUGCUCCUAUUGUUUCUUUAUUUAUCUUGUACUAAGGAGUGUUCUUCAAAUAUUUACGAUCGGCUAUUUACAUGUAUAAAUAACUAAUUUUUAUUAUUUCGUUUUGACGCAACUUUGUUUAUGUUUGUGAUUGACGAAAUAAUUUGUUGUUGUACCUGUUAUCAUGUCCUAUUUUUUCGAUCACUAAACUGUGGUAUGGUUCUCGUUGUCGAUUCGCUCUGAUUCCCCUUUAUCUGUCUAAAAUAAGCUUAACUUUUAGUACAUGAUUUACAGAUUUUAUAAGCAUUUUCGUGAAUGAUUUCACUGAGUUAAGUCUACCAGUACACAAAUUCAUUUUAUGAAAUUGAAUAAUUUAUUUUUACAUGUUUAAGCCUCAGAUUCCUUGCGGAGAGAUGCUCCUUCUGUUAUUUCAUUUAUGUCAUGCAUAAAACUAAAUUCACACUUUUUGAGCCUGAGUGAAACCUUAAUUGUGCUUGAAAUAUUUUGUAGGAGAAGAUGCUCAUUUACCAGCAGAGUCUGCGAAGACUGUGUUUGAAGAAGACUGUCUGAGCCUUAAUGAAGACAUGCAUUCUUCACCAGCCAAGGCUGAUGAACAGAGGAAGCCUUCGAAAAGGAUAAGUAAUGGCGAUGUUUUAAAAAUGCAGUACGAAUGCCUGUGUACUCAGAAGGAAAUGUUGAAUCUUAAAAAACAA